CAACUAGUCAAGAAGGACACGAAGAAGAAGAGGAGUGCAGAAAAGGAAAAUGUGUUCUUUCUGUGCUCUCGAGGAGCUGGAGCAGAGAUUCAUCUGAAAGCAGUUGUUUUUAUUUAUUUGUUUUAGCGUGUAUAUAUAAAAAGAGGCUCUGACGCUGGUGCUCUUGAGGUGCUCACCCCCCCAAACCUCUGGACCAUGAUGCAGAAGAGAAGAGCCCUCACUAUUCCAUUUGUAGUUGACAAACGUAACCUGGUGGAAGACCCCCUCAAAAUCCCGAUGACAUGUCUUCCACCGGAGUGUGGAAAGUUAGGACAGGUUUCCUGGACUGCGUUUGCGGGAUGUCAAUUCAGAUCCCGUAAUUCCCAACAGAAAAACGGAUCCACAGUGUUUCAUAACAGUCGGGCGACAAUGAUCACCCUGGAAAUGGAUCGGAGGAAGCCGCUGUUGAUCCUGACAGACGUCUUAAAGACAGAAAUGGGUAAAGCUCACAUGGAAAGGAUCAGAAAGAGUCGAAGGAAACAAGGUUCUCAGAAGGACAGCAGGCCCAGCAGAGAGGAGCCGGCGGCCUGCAGAGGGAAGAAGGCCAGCCAGAGCGAGAGCAGGGAUAACUGCAGUUCAGGUCGUAGAAGCAACCAGAGGACGACCCCAUCCUCGUCUCAAAGGUCAAAAUCUAGAAGAAAACUUUCAAAUGUUGAGGACAAAGAAGACAUUAAAGAGAUGGUCAUUGGAACGGAAAGCUCUUUCUCUGAGGUUGUAGACUGUGGAGUGUCUUUGAGCUGGAAGUCCAACAAGAAGGCAGAAGACUGUGAUGAGCUGUCUCCAGAUGGGAUCAAAGUCAGACGGACAAACCAGAAGAAGGAUUCACCACAGAAAUUGAAGCGUAAAUGUCCGGAGACCAACGCUCAGUGUAAUGGCGUUCGCAGCUCCAAGCGCCACCGUCUGCACACUGAGGAAAACCAGGACGAGGGGGAGUCGCCCCCCAUGUCCGCUGGUCCGGACAGAGCGGAGGAGGAUUUGGAUUUGGACAGUUGCAUCAUGAAGUUCACGGUCGGAGGAGACGAUCAGACGCAAACUCUGGUUCCGUUUAUUGAAACCAGUUUGAAAAACGAUGACGCGGCGAGGAGCCCUGGGAGAAGAUCCUCAGUCAGGCAGGACAGAGGGUCUCCGGCCAGCCCCUUCGAGCCCAUUGUGCUGUCCAGUGACGACGAGGCCGGUGAUGACGGCCUAAAAGGUCGCGCAAAGGUCACUGCUGAAGUUUCAGACAUGCAAAGCGAUGCCUCACAGGAAGCUUUAUGUGAGGAGGAUCCAGACACCCAGAUGACUGAAGCAGCUGAGGCCUCUCCUGACUCCCCACUGGAAACUCUCGUUUUCGAAGAGGACUGCGCCGGGAUGAGCGUGGCCUUCUGGAGUCUGCGCUGUGGAGGUUACAGAGGAAAUGCAAACGGAGCGUUCAUGAUAACAAAAGAUCAAAUCAUCAUCCCACUGAAAGAUGCCAGCGGUCAGCGGCAAGUGGUGCUGAUGUUUGAGCGCAAAGAGCUGCGGAGGUACAGCAUCUGGGAGCAGUUCGAGCUGAAGGAGCGGGGGCUGCACUUCGUCUGCGACGGGGCCGACUCCCCUGCCGUCCUGCUGAUCUGUGUGUCGCAAACCGCCGCCGCCGCCAUCCAGCAGAACCUGUUCCAGCUCCACCGCACAGAGGAUGGAGACGAAGACACCGGAAAAGCCUGUCCUUUUCUUUUCCUGGGCCUCAAAGACCCUCUGCUGGGCAUGGAAGGCGCUCUGCUGCGCUCCUUCUUGGAUAUAGACUGUAUCAAGAGUCUGACUCACCACAGGAGGAGCAACACAGAGGAAAGCACGGACUUUGAAGACGCCCCGGUUCUGUCUCUGGAUGAAAGCUUAGAACUGAUCCAGAGGAGCGGACUGGACGUGGACCUGCUGCUCAUGCAGGGCGCGACCAGAACCAGCCUGGAGCUGAACGACGACCAGAACAGCCUGCAUUCAGAUGCAGACGAACUCCCAACGGCUCACAUCUGGCUGGACACCAAAGAGUCCGAACCAGAGACGCCGCCGGAAGAAGAGGCGGAGAUUCAGGCCGAACCAAAGACGGAGGAGGUGGAGGAGGAGCUGCAGAGCCCUCCUGAUGACCCGAAAAAGGACACCACUCCCGCGUACACGCUUCGCCAUCAAAGAACCAAAGGCUCGUACUCCGUGUCUCUGUGUAAGCCCCGCUCCAACUGGAUCCCAUACAAGCACCAGGGUGUGGCCCGCAGGUUGAUCCAGUUCCCGCCUCCGCCGCUGAAGGGAGGAAUCACUGUUACGAUGGAGGACCUGCAGUGUCUCGACACUGGAAAGUACCUGAACGACGUCAUCAUCGACUUUUACCUCAAAUACCUGCUCCUGAACACGCCCGCCGCUCUGAGCGAGCGCUGCCACGUCUUCAGCAGCUUCUUCUACAAGCAGCUGACGCGCAGAGACAACGCCAGCGAGGGCAGCAACAGCGAUGCCUGUCAGAGGCAGCGGCGCCAUCAGCGGGUGAAGACUUGGACGCGUCAUGUGGACAUCUUCAAAAAGGACUUCCUGUUUGUGCCUGUCAAUCAGGAAGCACACUGGUAUUUAGUCGUCAUCUGCUUUCCUGGACUGGAUGAGCCUAAAGUGGAGCCGUGGACGGCGGGCUCCCACGGCGAGGAGAAGGCUGGACGAUGUAAGAGAUCUGAGGCUGACGCUGAGAUGAACCGCAGCAAGAGCGUGGAGACGGAAGCUGAUAAUACUCCAAAGGAACCCAGUAAAAACUCACCAACUUCUCCAGUAAACUGCACAGAGCAGACGUGCAGCAGAGAGAGCGUCCACAGGAGGCCGUGCAUUCUCCUCAUGGAUUCUCUGAAAAUCUCUCUUCACGAGAGAGUCGUCAAACUCCUCAGAGAUUAUUUGCAGUCGGAGUGGGAGGUCCGCCGCGGCUCACAGAGGGAUUUUGGUCCUGACCAGAUGAAAAGCUCAAACUGCAAAGUUCCUCUUCAGGAUAACAGCAGCGACUGCGGCCUUUACCUGCUUCAAUACGUGGAGUAUUUUUUGAAGGACCCUGUCGUACACUUCGAUCUCCCUCUUCAGCUACAACAGUGGUUCCCACGGCAACAGGUUCGGAGGAAACGAGAUGAAAUCAGAGAUUUGAUUCUCAACCUUUACCGACAUCAGCAGCUGGAUAAAGAAAAGUCUUGAGUCUGUCGCGCUGCUCACACUGAGCAAAAGACAUUUAUUUUGAAGGUUUCUCAACACAUCGGUGCUUCCUGUGGCUCCUAAAGGAGCAGAGGAGCACCCCCAUCAGGAACUGAAGAAAUGCCUCAAGAAGACUGAAAUGAAGACUGUUUUUACGUUCCAAUGUCACACCUCAAACCAGACGGCACUAAAAGUUCUGGAAAAUUCUGUUCUGUUCAGACAUUUCAUGUUCUCUGUAGCAUUAAUAUUUUCUCUGCAGGAUGCUCCUUUAAAAAAAUCUGGAUUAUUUUAAAGCGAUGGAUGCCCCGCCCCCUCCACGAGUUUAAACACACCUCCUCUGAUUUUGUAGAUGACUCUGUUUGUCCCUCACAAACCCAACCAGCACACCCAAAACAUGCUUUUAAACUCUUCAAUUGAAAUUGGAAAAAAAUGGCCAAAUUUUAGCAUUGUAGCUGGUUUUAUUUAAUGCAUUAACACAGACUUUUUCUUCCAUUUAGAUGAAAGAAAGCGGUUUUAUAAAAACUUCACCAGAGUAGAAACUUCAGUCCCUAACUGCUGUUAUAUGUCUAUUUUUUUACUGAGAGAAAUUUUGUAGUUCUUUUGCUUCAACUGAUGCUAUUUGUACAAAAAAAGCUCAUAUUUGCCUUUUUUUUAGACAUUGUGUUUGUGUUAAACAGAAGCUUAGUCCAAAAAUGCAUCUCAACUACUUGUGUAUUAAAACUUGUAGAAUGUUG